AUGACGGUGCUGUUCACUCUUUUCUUUACUUUGCUGGCCGCGCAAUGGAGCCUUGUGCGGUCAGCGAGCACGGCUCGUGGUCUCAACUCAACUCACCCAUCUCUCAACACAACCCAGGGCGCUGGUGGUCCUCGACCGGCACCGGCCUACAUGGUUGAUAAUCAGCACAACUAUUACAAGACGGCGCCAGACAAAGGCAGGCAAAAUGGUCCAGUUUGGACAUACUCAGGUAGCCUGGAUAACUACUUGACCAAUCUUCAGAGUGGUUUCGUAGUCCGCGGCGGCUAUGCCAGAUCCAAUGGCACUAGAAGGAUGAAAUUGAAGUCCAAUUCGACUGCUCAGAAAAGGCAAUCAUCUGACUUUUGGCUGUCAAGUCUGGGACCUUUGGGAACUCAACCGCACGCUGGUGGGGGCGACUACCAAUUCUUCCGUAACGUCGUGGAGGACUUUGGCGCCGAUAACUCGGGAGAAACAGACGCGACCGAGGCACUCAACGCGGCUUCGGCCAGUUGGAACAAAGACUCGGUCGGUGGCUCCCAGACGCGAUGCGGCGAGAAGUGUGGCAAUACGUUCUCGCAGGGAGCCAUCGUCUAUUUCCCCGGAGGCACCUACAAAGUCUGCACGCCAGUGAUUCAAUAUUACUACACGCAAUUCGUCGGUGACCCGAACGACAUGCCCAUCAUCAAAGGUUGCGACGACUUCCAGGGCAUCGCCUUGUUCGACGUGGAUCCUUACAUCCCUGGCGCCUCGGGUUCGCAAUGGUACAUCAACCAGAACCAAUUCUUCCGUCAGAUUCGGAACUUUCGCUUCGAUCUCACCGAGAUGCCUGAGUCGACCGCCGAGAAUGACCAGGACCUCGUGCCCACGGGAAUCCAUUGGCAGGUGUCUCAAGCCACAUCGUUGCAGAACUUGGUGUUUGACAUGCCUACGACAAGCACCACGACCGCCGUCGGUAUAUUCACUGAAAACGGCAGCGGUGGCUUUGUAUCUGAUCUUGAGUUCAACGGUGGUAACAUCGGUUGGCGUGCCGGUUCUCAGCAGUAUACGGCGCGCAACCUGGUCUUCAACCAGUGCAAUACGGCCGUUCAGAUGGUCUGGGACUGGGGCUGGGCCUGGCAGCAGAUCACCGUCAACGGUGGUUCCAUCGCCUUCAAUAUCUCUGGCGUCGGCGGCGACAGCGGGCAAGGCACCGGCAGUGUGUCCAUCAUCGACUCCACCAUCAGCGACGUGGAGACUGGUGUCUUGACAAACAGCCUCUCUACCUCCCCCAACAUUGUUCUCGAUAAUACAAACUUCAAGAACGUGGCCAAACCAGUCGCAGUCGAGGGUGGAAGCACCAUCCUGUCGGGAAACUCCGAUCUAUGGGCUACCGGGAAGCGAUACAAUGGCUCUGACGGCUCAGUGCAAACAGGCGCCGUCACAGCCCCUGGAAGGGGAAAGGGACUGGAAGAUUCCAACGGCUUGCUAUACGUUCGUUCAAGACCGCAGUACGAGAAGACCGGCGUCGGUUCUUUUCUGGUUGCCACCACAGAUGGCGGAUGCAAGAACGACGCGACGGGUGAUCAGGCAUCUUGCGUCAACGCGUUUCUUCGUAAGGCUAGAGACGGCGGCCAGAUCGCCUACUUCCCGGCCGGAGUCUAUGCGGUUGGAUCUACGGUGAACAUCCCCACCGGUUCAGUUGUGCAGGGCUCUUUGUGGUCACAGAUUGUAGGGUCCGGCUUCUACUUCAGCGACAUGAAGAACCCUAAGGUCAUGGUGCAAGUCGGCAACAAGGGCGACAUCGGCACCAUGGAGAUCACCGAAAUGAUGUUCUCGGUGCGUGGUGCAACAGCUGGCGCCAUCCUUAUGGAAUGGAAUGUUGCUGCUAAGUCACAAGGAGCGGCAGCCAUGUGGGAUUCGCACUUCCGCGUUGGCGGUGCUAUAGGUACCGAUCUCGACCUUAGCAAAUGCCCCAAGUUCAGCAACAAUGCCGAGUGUAUUGCGGCCUCUCUCAUGUUCCGCAUUACUCCCCAAUCCAAUGGGUACUUCGAAAACGUAUGGGCGUGGGUGGCUGACCAUGACAACGACAAGUCCAUCUACAAUCAGCCCGACUCAAGCUCAACUCAGAUCUCUAUUUUCGGCGCCCGCGGCAUGUUGAUCGAGUCCGAGGGACCAUCGUGGUUCUACGGCGGUGGCUCCGAGCACUCGGUGCUGUACAACUAUCUCAUCAGCGGCGCCAAGAGCGUGUAUAUGGGUCACAUCCAGACUGAGUCACCUUACUACCAGCCCAACCCCGGUCCCCCUGCACCUUUCCGCGCGGUCAGCGGCGCCAGUUCCAGCUUUCCCAAUGACCCAGACUUCAGCGAAUGCGAAGUUGAAGCCAACGUGUGGGAUGAUCGGUGCAAUUACGCCUGGGGACUCCAGAUCAUCGAUUCUAAAGACGUCAUGAUCCACGCCGCCGGGUUGUACAGCUUCUUCAACGAAUACUACCAGGACUGUAUACCUACCCACAACUGCCAGGACCGCAUCCUCGAGGUGAAGGGUUCGACCGGCGUCGUCAUCUACAAUCUAUUCACGGUGGCAACCAUCGACAUAGCCAGUGGUAUCGAUGACACCAGUGUCCCGCAGGAUGGUAAUCAGCGUGGCUUCACCACCGAGGUCAGCGUAUGGAUACCGCUUCCCGGUUCUGACAGUGUUGAUAUUGUCUGGGUUGGUACCGACAUCUGGGCCUCACCCACUGUGAGCUGUCCGUCCCAGUCGCGGUCCUGCAUGCUGGUCAUUCCGACGAGCUCCUUAGGAGCGACAACCACUAUCCAGCCCAAGAGCUUUACAACCUCAUUGGAGUAUGGAGGAUACUCAAGCACCACUAUCGGCGGCGUCGCAACCACCGUGUUCGUCACCACAACCACGACUUUGACCAUCUCGGUGCCUGCCAUUACGACUGACGGCAUACCCUUUUCCAACGUCAACGUGACAAAAUCGGGAGCCACGCCCAUCACCAUCUAUCCCAGCUUGAGCGUUCCGCCAGUCAUCGUAACGUUGCCGAAUGGGGAGGGCGGCUCGACCACACGAACAAUUCCCCUUCCACCCUGGCCGCAGAUCGAGGGUGGUCCUUUAGUCACUUACACGGAUCCGGCGACCUUGCCGCCCAACAGUGGCUCAGGUCUUCCCACCAGCACGACCUAUUAUACUCCUAUCAGCAGCACGAUCACGGUUCCCGGUGCCACGGUGACGACGGUGACGUUCCCUGGCUCGACCGGGGUCAUCACUAUUGAGUGUCCCGCUACCACGUCAAUUGUGUUCGCUACGCCCCCGGUUGCCGUCGGCACGACAUGUACCGGCUCGUCUGAUUUGACACUCAACUUCGCAUGCCCGCCAACUCGCGUUCUCACCUUCCUCGGGCCGGCCACAGCUGUUGCUACGGUCGACUGCUCCCUGGUCACAGCUUGGACGACUGGAUCUACCUCUACUACCACACCGCUGCCCGUAUACACAACAUGGCCCCCGUACGCUUCAAUCAUCCCCGAGGAAGAAGAAAUCGAAGACCCCGAGCCCGACGAUGAUGGCGUCCAUGUGCCAUGCACAGCCUGGUUCUUCUUCUUCUGCAUCUCAUGGGACAACGUUCGCGUUCGUUCGUGGUAUUGGAUCUUGCCCCCGGGUAUCUACGGUCCUGGACCCCCGCCCAUCAACAUCAUCCACCCCCCGCCCGGCGUCACGAUCCGCGGCAACCUGCCACCUUGGCCGCGAAUCACCAUCGGGCCGGACCACCGCCUCACUACCGAGUCGGAGCCCGAGUGCGAAACAGAGACGGCCGAGGCUUGCACAACAACCAACUACGUCUCAGCUGGCACGACAACCUCGUCGACGACGCUGUGCGAGACCAUCACCGGCUGCUCUAUCAGCGUCUCGGACUCGUCCACGGUCGUGAUCGGCAGCCAGACGGCCGCGCCCAUAGGCCAUUUUGGCGACGAGCGGUGGGCAACCAUGACCUUGGGCGACGCCUACACCAACUCGGUGUACGCGGCCAUCGAGUCGGCCCUAGCACGCGACGACGCCAGCGCCGGCGGGACCACUCUUUCCUUCACCCCGGGACCCACUGCGGGGCCGACCUGUCGCGGCGCGAGCACGGCGUGCGGCGGAACCGUCUGCUCCGGGUACUGGUGCAACCCCACACCGACGGGCCCGCCACCCGGGUACCAAGACCCGAAGGACCCGAGCUCCGGCGGCUACUCGGCGCCCACGACAUCCAUCGGGCCCUCGACGACGACCACGCCGCCUACGAGCGCGCCGACCCCCGUGACGCCGCAGACGCGAGGCCCCAUCAACUGCUUCAACGAAGCCGACUUCCCGGGCCACGCCGACAUUCAAUCGGGUGAUCAAGACGACUACUCGACGGCCUUCAGCGACCUGCGAACCCAGAUGGGCGACAACGACUUGAUCGGACCCGGCGACCCAGCCGUCACCCUGCGGCGCACGGAUUCCCACGGCGUGAACUACGAUUACUCCUGCAGCUGGGUCCCGGGCUGCAAGACCGAGGUCGACAAGCAGAGCUUCGGAUUCCCGCUCGGCUCGCCGAGUCUGAUCACUGCUUACUUGCUUGUUCGUGAGGAUUAUACCAAGUACAAGAUCGCCCUUCCCACGGGAGGGCCAUCACAACAGCAACAGUCGAACCGAGUGCCGGACCAGAUCGCUCUCCCCUCCGGCGGUCGAGACCCCACGCAACCGGAUCCUCCUCCGCAGCAGGAGCCGCAGCCGCAGCAGAAUACCUGGGCUCCGCCAUCCGCGAACCCGCCAGGCCUGCAACCUCACAACGACACAUACAACGCAAAAUAUCAGUACUCAAACCAACCUCCGCAGAACGGAUACCAACCAAACCCGCCGCAGGAAGUCGGGGCAUUCACUCAAGUCGUCCAAAACUGGGGUCCGUAUGGCUACCAGCCGGCCGUCCCAGGCCAACAACCAUACGUCCAACCGCAGGAAACCGUCCUCCCACCAGCUCCAGGGGCAAAGUUCAUCAACCACACCGUCCAAACCAACGCGAAUAACGAGCCCUACUUCGCUCCCCUGCCAACCCAGCAGCAGCAGCAGCAACAGCAACAGCAGCCGCAGCAGCAGCAAAGCCAACCCGGCUCAGCUGGGCCCAAACGUUACUACAAAACAUGCAACACCUGCCGCCGCAUCAGGAGACGAUGCUCCGGCACACGCCCCUGCAAAGCCUGCGUCGCGGCCGACGUCGACUGCGAGUACGACCUCAUCGGAACCGACAAACCCUCGAACCCCAAAUCCCGCAAACGCAACCUCGACGCCGUGGCCAGCGGCAGCGUCGGCGUCGACGACAACGGAGAAGGCAGCAGCAGCAGCAGCCCCCCCAACGCCAAACGCCAAAAGUCGGUCCGCUUCGCCGAGCAGCCCCUCACGCGCGUGCGCCCGCGCUACGCCGUCCCGGAGAACGGCAACUGCGAGCACUGCGACGCGGGCGGGCACGAGGGCCGGCCCUGCGACGCGAACCACGCCGAGCAGAUCGAGUGCUCGCAGUGCACGAAAUACCGCAACCUCGUCGACGCGAACCACGUCUGCCGCGCCGCGGGCGGCGAGUACUGGCAGAAGCGCUUCGCCAACUCCCGCCCCGCGUACCCCAUGUCCGACACCGAGGCGAGCUGCUGCGUGGGCUGCAAGGCCAAGCGCGGGAACCACAGGUCGGCCGUGUGCGACGUCGACGUCCAGCUCAAGAUCGGCUGCUCGACCUGCUCGCGCGAGGGGCGGCUGUGCGAGGCGUACGUCGAGCGCCGCGCCAACGGGCAGGUCACGGGGCCCCCGGAGCCGUGGGAGCGGAUGUGGGACCGGCCGCGGCCCGGGGACGGGAGUCUCGUGCAGGGGAGGAGGCCGUGGUGGAGACGCAUGUGUCAGGGGUGUAUUGGGGAUGUCGGUACGAGGAGGUUGAAUCCCUGUUCGUGGAUUAACGAUGUCCGGCUGGACGGGUACAAGUGUCUCAAUUGCGUCGAGCAGAACCGUCCCUGCGUGGAAGCCUUCACGGGCCAGGAGUUUGUGAACGGGUACGUCUGGGACGGGCAAGGCGAUUGCCUCAUCGUGAACGGCAGGCCGGUUGCUCGGAACGGGGCGGCCAAGUGCGAGAACUGCAAGGUGAACCGGACGUCCUGCCGGGGCUUCGACGGGCCGGAUGAGUUUGCUUGUAGCAAGUGUACCGCCUGGGGGUUGACCUGCGUCGUUCAGCGCGACGGCCAACCCGUGCAUCUGCCGCAUCCUGACCGGAAGGCGAUCGGCUGGACGCGGAAUACCGGUGACACGGGGCAUCUGUUCGUCGCCUGCGUGCCGUGUCGGAUGAACAAGCGGAACUGUGACCGGAAGAGGCCGUGUGACAGCUGCGUCAAGUUCGGGUCGGACUGCGAUGCUUUCCUGGACGGCGGCGCGAAGAUGAAGAGGGACUACAGAGUGAGCGGCGCGGACUCGGCAGACUACUACAUGGCCCUCGGGUACGGACCGAACGGCGUGGAUUCGAAUCGAUGGAACACCCCCGUUCACGAACUCAUCGGACCUAACCACCCCAGGUGGGUGAGGACGGAAGCUCAACCGACGCCGCGGCAGGUGGCGGCGUAUGAGCAGGCCGAGGCACAGGUGGUUCAACAUCCGGCUCAGGAUCUCCCGGAUAGGGAGUUCGGCGGUGUCGAGCCUGACGAGGAGGAGGAAGAAGAGGAGGAGGUCGUCCCCGAGGGUCUCAGACGGAACCCCAGGCGAUCAACAAGAGAGAAGAAACCAAGUGAGAAGGGAAAGGCAAUACCGCCUGCCAGGCCCGCACCCAAGCCCGCGCCCAAGCCGCCCUAUACCGGACCCAAAAGGGGUCGAGGUCGACCGCGAAAGAAUCCACCACCCGCGCCCGUCGAGGGCGUCGGGGAAGGAUACGACAACUUCUGGCAGGCCAACGGGUACGGCGGAGUAGAAGACAACCGUGUCGGAGACGAUAGCGGGAUCGGAUUGGAAUCGACCUGGAGCGACAACGACAUCUCCCUCCUCAACAACCCGCAGCAUAUCGGCCAGCCGCCGCAGCAACAAUACUUCGGCGACAACCUCGCCGCCGCCAAUGCCACCGAGAACGGCCAGGACUUUGAGAACUGGCUCACCAACUUCAACGACUACAACGCCUACGACCAGCCCCUCCAAGACCAGGUCCCGGCGCCCUUCGAAGGCCCGCCGGACCUCUCCGAGAUCCAGCGGUUCCUGGGGCAAGAUGCCGUCAUGAGCGACUCGGAUGCCGAGAAGCUCGCGAACGAGGUCCUGGACCCGCAGUUCUUCCAAAUCGCCGACGACGUCGCGCAGGAGGCCGAGAAAGAGGAACAAAACGGAGUCCUCGCGCAGCUCCGCAUGGCCGUCCUCUCCUUCAGUGCAGACCAGCGCUUCGUCCCCGUCGAGCUCCGCAACCUCCGGAUCCCGGAAGUCUCCGACCCGCCCGCCUCCGCGCAGGUCCCCGCCCCGGAGCGCUUCCUCCUGCAGCUCAGCGACGCCGCCGGGGCCCUCCCGCCGCAGCUGCCCUUCUCGCCGGACCCGGCCGAGUCGGCCUACAUCCAGAACAUCCGCACCCUGCUGAAGAAGUGGAAGCGCCCCGGCUGGAACAUCCUGAGCUCCAUCCCCGACCUGCCCCUGGCCGAGGGCAACCCGCAGUACACCGCCGACAACGACGGCCGCACCUGCGAGGAGUACCAGGCGGAGCCCAUCACCGGCGACCUCUGCCGCAACGACGUGGGCCCCGGCGACGCCUGCGAGAGCCUCGAGCACGCGACCGCCCGCCCCGCGCCCUUCAUGGUCUGCGACCCGUGCGACGGCCGGAGCAAGAUGGGCCUCUUCCAGGGCACCCAGCCGCUCACGCGGGGCGAGUUCCUCCGCAUGCGCGCGUACGCGUGCGCCGAGUGCGCCCGGCGCGAGAUCGAAAGCGGCGCCCCCGCGUUCGGCAUGCCGGGCCGCCCCACGCACCCGGUCACGGGCUGCGCCUGCGCGACCAAGGUGGUCGGGCGCCGGCUGUGCGUGCACCACCGGUACCGGCUGGCCAAGGAGCUGAUGGUGCAGACCAUGUUCGUGUCGGAGUGGGCCAUCACCAACUUCGGGCACCGGACGUGCCUGUUCUGCAAGGUGAUGCCGGCGCGGACGGAUACGCGCGGGGACGUCUUCGGGAGCCUGGUGUACCUGUGCCUCAACUGCCAGGGGGUCGUGGCCGAGAGCAACGAGCCUCACGUGGCGGCGGGCGUGGAGGUGUGGUUGGGCGGGACGGUGCCGGAGUCGUUGAAGGAGCAGGUCUGGAUGGGCAUGGCGACGCCGCCGGGCGGUGAUAUUUUUGGCGACAUGUCGGAUUUGACGUAG